AUGGCGGCCAAGAUGAAUGUCAUGGUGUAUUCCGGGACUGGGAGCACAACGGAAUCGGUCCGGCAUUGUCUGUUCACACUGCGCCGGUUGCUAUCGCCUAGCUAUGCGGUCAUCCCUGUAACUGGAGAUGUUCUCAUCAAAGAACCAUGGAUGGCAUCUUGUGCGCUCUUGGUAUUUCCUGGCGGUGCCGACCUGGGUUACUGUCGCACACUCAAUGGCGAGGGGAAUCGCCGUAUUACUCACUACGUCAAAAAUGGAGGUUCGUAUCUAGGCUUCUGCGCCGGCGGGUACUAUGGCUCUGCCAAGUGCGAGUUUGAACCCGAAAACCCUGAUUUGGCCGUUGUCGGCUCAAGAGAGCUAGAGUUUUUCCCUGGGGUGUGUCGAGGACUUGCGUUUCCAGGGUUCGUUUAUCACUCUGAAUCUGGGGCGAGGGCUGCAGAUUUGUAUAUCCAUAAGACUGCUUUCAGCGACGUCAAGGACGAGCUCUCCGAUAGCUUCAAGAGCUACUACAAUGGUGGGGGAGUAUUUGUUGACGCGAAGACUCUCGAGAGCCACGGCGUUGAGAUCCUGGCGAGCUACACUGAGGAUCUGCAUGUCGACUCGGGUGAAGGCAAAGCUGCUAUUGUGUACCGCAAGGUUGGCCAAGGCAAUGUCAUCCUCACUGGGCCGCAUCCAGAAUUCACUCCUACUAACCUCGCGAAACCCAUCAACAACCCAGAUUACUCCAGCAUUAUUGAUGCCAUCACCGUCACGGAUUCCACCCGAGUCGCCUUCAUGCGUCUUCUUCUCUCAAAGCUCGGCCUCAAUGUCAAUGAAGAACCACAAGCGGUACCUUUCCUCUCCCGCCUACACCUCUCAUCUCAUAAGCCGGCAGGCGUUACUGACCUCACUGCGUCGUGGUCCGAAAUCUUCACUAUAGUCGAUGGAGAAGACUACAUCGUAGAUGCGAACGACAUAUUCCACGUCAAGCAGAAUGAAGCGACUUUCAGCGUUCAGGGCCUGACAAGAGCGGUGUCUGACAUUGCCGUCGAAGUCUUACCUAAGGCAUUGGUAGGUCAAGACGCCAAGAAGGCAUCACUCGUCGAAGAACAGAGCAGGCAGAACAAGCAGAACCCAGACGAAGACAACAAUCCCAAGUCGAGGGAAGAACAGAUUCGCGAGCGCGUUGCAUACACAGAGUCGGCUUCUCCAGACCGGGACAUUGACUACGACAAGAUCGUCAAGAGGAUUGUGCCUCACGAAAAUGAACUUCCAACUAAGCGGGAUACUCCGUUCUUUAAUCACGAGUCCUACUACGCCAAUCUUGCCCACCACCACCAGAAAGCCCAAAACCACGGCCCUACCUUCGGCACCAGUCUCCUCUACGCCGAAGUCACCACCUCUACCAGUACGAUCCUAGAGAAGAACCCGAGUUUACUGCGAAACCUACCCGAUGGCUUCACGGUGACGGCCACGACGCAGGUCGCAGGUCGGGGUCGCGGCUCAAACGUCUGGAUUGCACCUCCAGGAGCGCUCAUGUUCUCUACUGUGAUACGUCACAGUUUUUCGCUAACACAAAGCGCACCUGUCAUAUUCGUACAAUACGUCGCCGCACUGGCCGUCGCUCAAGGCAUAAAGAACUACGCGCCAGGCUACGAGAAUGUAACCGUGAAAUUGAAAUGGCCAAACGACAUCUAUGCGCAGAUUCCAGGGUCUCCGACCAAUCCUCUUGUCAAGAUCGUAGGCAUCUUGGUCAACUCGAGCUAUUCCGGCAGCGACUACUCGCUCACGGUCGGCAUCGGCCUCAACCUGGAUAAUCCUCUGCCCACCAUCUCAUUCAACAGCCUCCUGAGUGCUAUCGGCCUCAAAGCUAUGACAAAUGAGAAGCUUCUUGCCAGCAUCCUCGCAUCCUUCGAAUCGCUCUACAGGAAUUUCUGCCAAUCGGGCUGGAACAGAGAGCUGGAGGAGCUGUACUACGAGAACUGGUUGCAUAGUGGGCAGGUCGUUACGCUGGAGGCGCAUGGCGGGAUGAAGGCUAGAGUGAAGGGAAUCACAAGAGAUUGGGGCCUCUUGCUUGCAGAGGAGUUGAGUGGUGGGGAGAAUCCGACAGGCAGGAUCGUGAGCUUGCAAAGUGAUAGCAAUAGGUUCGAUUUCUUCAAGGGACUGAUCUCAAGAAAGGUUUAG